UUUAUAAAAUUCUAAUUGAAAUUAUUUUAUUUUCAGACAAAGUUUAAAUGAGGAUGAACUUAGAUUUUCUAGGGAUGGUUUUGGAAGACAAAGUAUGUCUGAAAAGAGGCAUGCUCAUCUUGAUGCCAAGAAUACAGAUACUUAUCAGCGUACCAAGAAAGCUAAAGAAGAACGUGAAAAAUGGAAACAAAAAAUGAUGCAAGAAUCACUUUCAUAUAGUAGUGAAGAAUUAAAAGAAGCAAGAAAAUGGAAACAAAAUUCUUCAGAAAAUGGUUUAGAGCUUUCACUUGGAAUGAGAAAAUCUUGCAGUCUUGAAAGUUUACAAACUGUAUUACAAGAAUUACAAAAGGAAGAAAAUAUUAUCCGUACAAUGCCAAAUUACACAGCUAUGUCUUCUAAAGAACGAAGAUGUAAUGACAGUUUUCGUGCUGCUGUAGACAGGUCAUAUGAAGCAAUGCAUAAAGGAACUAUGGAGAUAGUGGAAGAAGAUAAUGAAAAUAUUCAUCCUGAUAAAAGAUUAGAAUAUGAUUCAUCUCAAGCAACUUUUGAUAUUGCUCAUGAUGAUAUGUUUCUUCCAUAUAAUAAUAAACUUAAUGGGAGUAAGAAGAAGAAACUUUUAAAAGGAUUAGGAUCGGUAUUUAGUAGAUUUGGAAAAACUCGCAAAAGUGAUUCAUCUAAAAAAAUGACUCAGGAAGAAUUGAGGCAAGAAGCUGAAAGACUUAGAGCAAGAUGGGCUGCACAAGAAGAACAUGACAGAAUACAAGAACAUUAUAAAAGAUUUGUUGAACAACAAAAACAUGAAGAACAGAUUAAGAACCAUAUGUUUUCAACUCCAGUUCCUUCAUCGACUCAUUAUUCUUUGUCUCCCCAACAACGCCAGAGGAUACAGUUUUUAAGGUCACGCUAUCAACAGUGUUACGACGAUGAUGAAAGGCAUGAUUGGAAUGAACAAGAAACAAAAGAAAUUCUAGUCAGACAACCUUCGCUUCCAAUGUUUUCUUCACAUCGAAGGUAUCAAAUUGGUGCACAUCAUCAAUCACCUGAGAUACAUCGUGCUCAUUCACAACCUCCAAUGAUAAGGAGAACCCAGAGUUUGCGAUAUACAGGCAGACAACAGGUAUUUAACACACAUUCUCCUCAUACUAUAUCAAGAAAAAUUGAUAUAUAUAAGGAAAUGGAGAGAGCCAGAAGUAGAACGGGUAUUUUGGAUCCUAAAGUUUAUGAACAUUACAUGAAUUAUCCUUCAUCUUCCAACAAUUGUAGUCCAUCGAAAAAUACUUCUCCUCGUAAUUUUUAUUCGCCCCAGUUGAACAAUUCUAAAAUCAACGAUCCAGAUAAAAUGCUACAAGAAGAAACUAAACAUCCAGCGACAAAGGAUGUGUUGGAAAACAGAUCACCAUAUAAAAACGAGAAACAUUCUAAUGUCGUUUUAGAUUAUACAUCGUCCAGAAACUACUACACGUCGCAUCAGCAGACACCUUCAAAGUAUUCCAGUAACAGUCCCGUGUGUUCAAAUAAUAACAGAAGACAGAACUGUGUCGCUGGAUCUAAAGUAUGACAAAUAAUCUCAUAUUUGAGUUAUGCUUAGAGUGAGAAAUGAAUUUUAUAUGCAAUUCUUCCAAUUAUUCUUGUGAUGAAAAUAGAUUACUAGUCAACAUUUUCCAAAAUUCAAAAUUUUAAAUUGUUUUCCACUACUUUACAUAUAGAAAAGUCGUGUAUUUAAAAUGUUUAUAUGUAAAAUUAGGAUGGUGGCUCGAUUCGAAUAUGCCAAAUUUCUAUUUGCAGUAGUUGUUUAUUAUAAUGAAGCAUCAUAUCAAAUCAGUGGAUGUGUUAUUUAUACUUUAAUUAUGUUUUUUCAUUAUUAAUAAACUGUGAAGUGCCAUAACUGAUUUACAGAGAUUUGGCACAACAGGCAAAAGAUCUGAACGGAUAGGAAGUCCACUUUCCCGAACUGUAAAAACGAUGAA